AUGUCUGACGUGGUCCGCUUCACCAACGGCUACCUUGCCUUGCCAGAUGGAACAGCUGUCAAAGCCGACCUCUACAUCUCCUCCUCCACCGGCAAGAUCAUCUCUGGCCAAGCCUCCUUCUACACUUCUCACCUGCCCCCCGCGCGCGUCAUCGACCUCGGCGGAAACAUCCUCUCGCCAGGCUUCAUCGACGUACAGAUCAACGGGGCGUUCGGCGUGGACUUUUCCGAGCUCGACGUGGACGCUGGGGAUGGGGGCGAGGGGGCGUACGUCGAGGGGCUGGAGAAGGUUGCAAAGCGCAUAGUGGCUACGGGGUGUACCAGCUUGGUCCCUACUGUCAUUACGCAAAAGGAGGAGCUAUACAGCAAGCUGCUCCGCCUCCUCCAGCCUCGCUCGACUCCCCAAGGCGCCCAUAUGCUCGGGUACCACGCCGAAGGCCCGUUCCUCCAUCCCCAUCGUCGUGGCGCACACUCCUCAGCACUCCUUAUGACUGCCGCCCCCUCGUCCGUCCCCUCAUCACCCACUUCGCCCACAUUCACGCCCAUCCAAUCCCCCCUCGAAGUCGUCGAGCGCGUAUACGGCAAAGCCAGCCUGGACCAGCCCGGUGUCAAGCUCAUCACGCUCGCCCCGGACGUCGAGGGGGUGAUGGACUGUGUUGCGAAUCUCUCGGGGCGUGGCGUGACGGUCAGCAUAGGACACAGCGACGCAGCGCUCGAGGUGGCUGUCGAGGCCGUGGAGAAGGGCGCAAGGAUGAUCACUCACCUCUUCAAUGCUAUGCCUCCCAUACAUCAUCGCGACCCCGGCGUCAUCGGCCUUCUGGGCCAUCCCCUCCCCUCCUCCCGCCCCUACUUUGGCCUCAUCGUCGACGGCCUCCACUCUCACCCCAACACAGUCCGCAUCGCGUACAGCGCACACAAGGACGGCUGUGUGGUCGUCACCGAUGCGCAGUCCCCUCUGGAUCCGAUGCUGGAGGAUGGGCUGCACAAUUGGCGCCCGGGUGUCAUGUUUCGAAAGAAGGGCGAUGCGGUCUAUGCGCGUCAAUACAGCAGAGCUGACGGUAGUUGCUGUCCCCUCAAUACCUGCCUGCAUAACUUGUCGACGUACGCCUCCAUACCUCUGCCCGAAGCGCUACUGGCGGCCACGUAUCGGCCCGCUCAGAUGCUCGGCGGGCCCAUAGCCAGGAGGAAGGGUCAGUUGAAGGAGGGGUUUGAUGCGGACUUGGUGGUCUUGGGAUGGGACGGGACGGUCGUGUCGACGUGGAUCAUGGGGGAGGAGGUGUAUACAGCUCCGAGCGGACAGGUUGGGAGUGGGUUAUCGCUCAAGGACACUGCGAGCUAG